CGCUUCUCACGUACCAUAACAGCAGCAUGAGUAGAAAGCACCCUUAGCAAAACGUCACUUGAUUGUUUACGAAAAUUUCUAGAAAAAACAAAGCUGCAAAACCAAUUCCUUCUCUCUGCUGUGUGGAAAAUUUUGUAAAGCAUUUCGUGCAUUUCAACUAAACUCAAACUGUUCACCAAAUAAGCGAUGGCGUACUACAAGGGUGCCGCCUCGGAAGGGGGCCGCGCGGCCCAGCUCAUGAAGCGGCGCGAGCUAGCCCAGCAGGAGGUGGAGUUUCGCAAGAAGAAAAUCGAGGAGGACCUGAAAGUGAGCAACAUCGAGAACAAAUUCGCCGCCCAUUACGAUGCGGUGGAGCAGCAGCUCAAAAGCUCCACCAUCGGGUUGGUCACCCUGGACGAGAUGAAGGCCAAGCAGGAGGACAUUGUGCGGGAGCGGGAGAAAAAGCUGGCCCAAAAGAAGGAGGAAAAGGACAAGGAAAAGCUGAAGGCACUGGAAGCGAAGCUGGCGGAAAAGGAUCGCCAGAAGCGACAGAUACAGGCACUGUCCUUUGAUCCGGACGAUGAACCCGAUGGGGAUGAUGCUAAUGAUGGGGAUGAGGGGUCGGGGAAGGAAUCGGAAAAGGAGGAUGUCAAGGAGGAGCUGACCGUUGUUAAGCGGUCCUGGAAGGAGCAGGUACCGAGCGGGGUGAAGAAGAUUCGUAAAAACCCGGACGUCGAUACGUCGUUUCUGCCGGACCGGGAGCGUGAAGAGCGGGACAAUCGUUUGCGCGAGGAACUGCGCCAGGAAUGGGCGAUGAAGCAGGCGACACUGAAGGACCAGGAAAUCACGAUCACGUUCAGUUACUGGGACGGUUCCGGGCAUCGUAAAUCGGUGGCAAUGAAGAAAGGCAAUUCCAUUUACCAGUUCCUGCAAAAAUGUCUCGAAAUGCUGCGGAAGGACUUUAGCGAGCUGAAAACGGUGAUGGCGGACCAGCUGAUGUACGUGAAGGAGGAUUUGAUUUUGCCGCACCACUACACGUUCUACGACUUUAUCGUGACGAAGGCUCGCGGAAAGAGUGGACCGCUGUUCAACUUCGACGUGUACGACGAUAUCCGCAUGAUAAGCGACGCUUCGGUCGAGAAGGAAGACUCCCAUGCGGGCAAGGUGCUGCUCCGGUCGUGGUACGAACGUAACAAGCACAUCUUUCCCGCUUCCCGCUGGGAACCGUACGAUCCGACGAAGGUUUACGACAAGUACACGAUUAAGGACAAAAGUAAGAAGUAAUUUAAGAGAUUUAUACCAUUAUUAGCAGAAAGGUUUUAAUGAAAACUAUCUCCGAAGUGGCGAAAAUGUACGUUUUGGGGACAAAA